GGUUUUCCCCUCCGAGCUGGUUUAUUUUCCACUCCUCGCGACUUGGCACUGACUCAUCUCCAGAAAGCAGAUCUGAGUUGGACGCAAGCAAGCAAGACAUUUUCUCGAGCGUAAACCCAGGUGUCCUGUUGGGGCGAGUCCCUGGGUGAUGCAUGCGGCCAGCCUCUCCGUUCAAAGUGCGUUGGAGGUCAUUGAACCGCAGUCAACUGCCUUGGAGCGCGUUGCUCCACCCUUUCCGUCUGCCUGCGCCCAGUUUUACGCCGUCGUCCACUGGAUGCAAGCUGUCACGGCGGCCCUCAGCGUGAUCGGAUCCAGUGCUGUGAUUGGAUACGCCGUGUUCCAGAAUACCGCCAGAUCACCAGAGGUCCGGCCUUUUUUCUACUUAAGCCUUUCCAAUCUCUUGCUGGGGGUGUGCUGGCUCAUCGGAGCCCUCCUGUAUAGCAAAGAGCUCCUGAGCCAGGAUGUGGCCUGCUACAACGUGCAAACCACCGCCCAGAUAUUUUACGUCGCUUCCUUCCUCUACACUGUCAACUACACCUGGCACCUUUACACGGAUUUGAAGGGGAAAUACCUCCAGACCCUCCACAGCCCGUCGCCACCACAGGUUUUAAAUCGUGGUGGCCGAAUAGCCAUCAUUUUGUCGAGUGUAAUUCCUCUCUUAUUAAUGAUCCCUGUUUUUGGAGGGGGAAACCACUACGGAUGUUACCAGAAUAUCACCAGGAAACAUGGCUGCCUCCUGAUGCGCACGGACGUCAAUGGCCCCAAGAUGCCCAACUGCGCCUCCAUCGCUUUCUACAGCAUCAUCGUUUUCCUGGUCUCCUUUGCAGCCACUUUCCUGGCCAUCCUGGUCUUCCUCAUCCGUGCCCGGGCUUUGUACAAGAGGUUCAUCAUCUCCACAGGCUAUGUGGGGGAUCGGCAAUGGGCCAUGAUUAAGAUGGUCGAGCAAGGAGUCGUUUUGUACCCCGUGGUGUUUCUCUGCUGCUGGGGCCCAGCCUUUAUCCUUGGCCUCAUCGAACUGGCACAGGUGAAGAACAAUACGGUGUACAUGGUGUUUUGUGUUUUAGAGGCCCUAACGGCAUCCUCCCAGGGUCUCCUAAACUGCGCCGUUUACGCGUGGAUCCAGCACGUGUCUCGUUGCUUGAAGCGCAAGGUCUGCCGCGACGUGAACACCCAGACGCCGCUCUUGCGCUCCCAGAAGCGGUUCUACGCCAGCACCCUCCCAGCCGAGCCCCUGGCAGGGCCGGAGUCGGCCUCCGCAGCCUUAUAAAGGAAGAGAACGUGGUUCCUUCGAUUGGGACGCUUCCACUCCUCUUCCCUCCACAAGAUUUCUCAUCUGCUGCUGGUGCUCAGAACCAGGGGGGCCACGACAGGCCAGGCCCCGCACGGAAGGAUCUUCCGCAGACGGUCGGCGUCAAAGGCGUUUUUAACUUUUAUAAUGUACUAAGGGCCCCUUGGGAUCCCGUUCGUGUGGGUCGCACCGUCCGGACGUCGGAUCCAGCCACCAAAAAGUUCAUGGAGGUCGGGGUCAACAGCUCCCCACACUCCCCCAAAGUGGGGUCAACCCCAAAACCAGAAUCUUCUUAACUGGAGUGCAAUGAAAGGGAACUCUCAAAGUUAUUUAUUUGAUGGGGGAAAACUGGAUUUUGGUGUAAUCCUGGGGGGCAAAAGAGCUUCAUUGAAGUUUGUAACUGUUUAAUAUAUGUGAGAAAGUUUUCAGACCUGGAAGGACCCUGACAGAGCAUGGCUGAGAUUAUGUGGAACUUCUCUGCCACAAUAAAAACAUCUGGGGAUCAUCAUCCCAACUCAA